AUGCAAAGCCUUUGGCUUUCUUAUGUCGCUCCUCAUAGCCCUGAACUUCUUCAACUGUCAUCGAAACAAUUAGCCAAAAAGAAGAUUUGUAUCAGGCAUUUCGAACAUCAAUAUCUUGAUGGCUUCACGAGGAAAUACCACGGUUAUCCUACUCUACUGACUGAAGAAGAAAUAGCUUGUGGAGUACCCAGUCAAUCCAUCACUGACUAUUAUGAUCAUACUUACUGUAAAAGAAGGCAAGGUAUGGAAGAAGCAGCUCCUGAAAUAAUUAAAAAGCCAAAAUAUAGUAAAGAAUACAUGCUGGUUAAUUUAGAUAAUUCACAAAAUAGUAAAAGAGAAAAUACUGGAGAGACUUCUGUGUCAGAUGACAUCACCAUGUUGUCAAAGCCAUCAACUUCUCAGCAAAGUUAUUACAUCUCCAUGUCGCCAAAACCAUCAACUUCUCAGCAAAGUUAUGAUGUCCCCAUUUCACCAAAGCCAUCGACAAUUCAACACAGUGAUAAAAACAAAUGUAUUAAGCUUGUAAAAAGUAGACCUCGACUUGUAACCAAUAUUAACAACUUAACUCCAAGAUGUCGAAGGUUGUACUUUAAGUGUAAAGAUAUGAUUAAAAGAAAGAGAUUGUUUACAAGUAAUGAAGAUAACAAACAAAACAUUGCUCAUGCAGAAAUUCUUAGCAAUACCAAAAGUUUUAGAAAAUUAAUAGAAAAGUUAGAUUUCUUCCCAAAACAGUUUAUAGCAUUGCAGCUGAGGUUUGCUGGUAAAGCUUCAAAAGGAAGAAGCAUUGUUUUUGAUGAAGUUCAGUUAUCUGCACAUUUGAAUUUUAUUGCAAGCAAUGAUGAAAUUGAGGGGUUUGUAAAAGCAGAUGGGCCCCCAAAAUUUGCUGACCAUGCUUUGGUAGUGAUGCUCAGAGGUAUUUGUGCAUCAUGGCGACAACCAGUCGCUUACUAUUUUUGCCAAGGAACUACACCAGCAGCUACUUUGAAACAUAUUUUAAAGGAUAUGGUUAAGAUAGUAAUCGAAUCUGGAUUAAAGCCUUUAGCCUUCAUUUGUGACCAGGGAGCUACAUCACAGCGUGCUCUUAAAGAUCUUCAGGAAGAGACUAAGAGACACUGUUUUCAAAAUAAUAUAAAAUUUGAUGAGCAUGUUAUACCAGAAAAAAUAAAGAAGAUGAAAGUUAAGAACUGCACUCAAGUCUUCAGUGAACGCGUAGCUGCCACAAUGCAGUAUACAGCAACUUUUUCUCAGCGACAUGACGGAACACAAAUCAGUGAAACAACAAAAAAUACAGCUGCAGCAGUUGCUUUCUUUGACCAAUUGUUCGACAGUUGCAAUGGUUCGAGGAUGUUAUUGUUAAGCCAGCUUCUACAAGCAGUGAAACUACAACUUUUUAAGAACCUCGCUGCAGUUCAUCUAUUGCUUUUCAAGAACCUUGCUUCAGUUCAACUUUACACGAUAGCUCAAUGCGGUAAAGAUUUAAAUCCAGAUGCAUCUAAUAACAAUUAUACUCCCAACCCUUCCGAGAAAAUCUGUGCAAUAUAUGACAUUCAAACGCAAAAUGAACAAAGUUCAUUAACAUAUUUGAAUAUUCCUGCAAAUUCUGCUAAAGAUUUUGAACCCGAUUCAUCUGAUGAUAGUUAUGCUCCCAACUCGUCUGACCUAGAAACUGAUUCUUCUUACUCCGACGAUAGUGAUGGUGAUGAUAGCGUAAUAACUUACUAUGAAAACAGUUCUGAAACCGUAUUAGUUCAAAUACUUGAAAAUACUCAAUGUACAGAAAACAAUAAUUUUGAUGAGUGGGAAGACAUUAACGAUAUAAAACCUGAUUUCGAUGAAUUCACAGAUAAUUGUAGACCAAACAUUCCGGAUAAUACUAUAACACCAGCAGAUUUUUACAGUUAUUUUUAA